UCAAAUUAUUGUAUAUUAAAUUUGGCUAUAAAUAUUAAUGUUACAUUCCUUACCAUUUCAUACAAUCACACUUUCUUUACUUUCAUUUAAACAAACCAUUUACACUUUCCACAAAUUCUUCAUUGCAUUGAUGAAACAAUAUCAAUCAUUCAUGGGUUGGUUGCUUAUCUGUAUGCAUCUUUUGAUCUUCCAUUUUCCAUCUUUCUCUUCUUUCAAUUUUUUAUGUCAUGAUGAUGAGAGCUCUGCUUUGCUUCAAUUCAAGUCUUCCUUCACUAUAUAUACUAACCCUUAUUCUGCUUACGGUGAACCUUUUCAUCUGAAAACAGCAACAUGGAAAAAUGGCAGUGAUUGUUGUUCAUGGAAUGGUGUGACAUGUGACACCAUAUCCGGUCACGUUAUUGGUCUAAACCUUGGCCGUGAAAGAAUUAAAGGUACGUUACAUCCUAACAGUACCCUUUUCCAUCUUACACACCUUCAAAAACUCAAUCUUUCUUACAUUCAUUUCCUUGACUCUCCUUUUCAUUUUAAGUUUGGUGGGUUUCUAAGUCUUACACAUCUUGACUUGACUUAUUGUUACUUUAAAGGUGAAGUUCCUAUUCAAAUCUCACAUCUUUCCAAAUUAGAAUCACUUCAUCUCUCUAAAAAUUCUGAGUUAGUUUGGGAAGAGAUCACCUUGAAGAGGCUUGUACAAAAUGCAACAAAUUUAACAGACCUUUUUUUGGAUGAAACAAAUAUGUCUUCAAUAAGACCAAACUCCAUGGAAUUGAUCUUCAAUCAAUCUUCCUCUUUGGUUACACUUAAUCUUAAACAUACAUUUUUAAGUGGAAAAUUCAAAAAGAGCAUUCUUUGUUUACCAAAUAUUCAACAGCUAGAUAUGUCAUGGAAUGACAACCUUGAAGGCCAACUUCCAGAAUUGAGUUGCAGCACUUCUCUCAGAAUCUUGGAUCUCUCAAGAUGUCCAUUCAAAAAAGGGCCAAUUCCUCAGUCUUUUUCUAACCUAACACACCUUACGUCCCUAUAUAUUUCAAGUAAUAAUCUUAACGGUUCAAUCCCAUCCUCACUUUUAACUCUUCCACAUCUAACUUCUCUGGAUCUCUCUUACAAUGAUCUUAGUGGUCAAAUCCCAGAUGUAUUUGGUAGGAUGACCGAACUUCAAUACCUCAAUCUAGAUUCUAACAAUUUACAAGGACAAAUUCCAUCUUCAUUAUUUAAUUUGACUCAACUUUAUUAUUUAGAUUUCUAUAAUAAUAAAUUAGAGGGUCCCUUACCCAACAAAAUUACAGGUUUCCAAAACCUAACUAAUUUGAGAUUAAAUGACAACUUACUAAAUGGAACAAUUCCUUUGUGGUGUUUAUCCUUGCCAUCUUUGAUAAAAGUAGAUCUAUCAAACAAUCGACUUACAGGGCAUAUCAGUGAUGCAUUCUCAUCAAAUUCCUUAGAGGCACUGUAUCUAAAUAACAACAUGUUACAAGGUGAGAUUCCAAAGUCCAUUUUCAGCCUUGCAAGCCUACGAGACUUGUGGUUACAUUCAAACAACUUGAGUGGUCUUGUCAAUUUUCAAAUCUUCUCCAAACUUCAAAAUCUGUCAUAUUUAUCCCUUUCAUGGAAUAGUCAAUUGUCACUAAACUUUGAAUCUAAUGUCUAUAAUAGUUUUAAUCAGCUAUAUUUAUUAGAAUUAGCUUCUGUCAAUCUGAUCAAAUUCCACAAAUUACAAGGAAAUUUCACAAAUUUGAAUAUUCUUGAUCUUUCCAAUAACAAACUUAAUGGAAUGCCCAAUUGCUUAAUUGAAACAGGUGACUUGCAAUUUUUUAACCUCUCUCAAAAUCUGUUCACGUCAACAGAUCAAUUGAUUGAAAUGGCAGUGAACAAUAAAUAUCUCUCUGAUAUCGAUCUUAGUUUUAAUUUACUGAAUGGUGACAUCCCUUUGGCAGUUUGCAAUAUAAAUUCUGAACUUCAAUUUCUGAACUUGGGACACAACAAUUUGAGUGGUAUCAUUCCACAAUGUUUUUCAAAUUUUCAAUCCCUUCAAUUUUUGGAUCUACAGAUGAACAAAUUUCAAGGCCUUUUGCCUAAAUCUUUGUCCCAUUGCAAAAGCCUCAAAGUUUUAAAUCUUGGAAGCAACAGAUUAGAAGACAAAUUUCCGGACUGGCUUCAAACUCUACAAGAUUUGAAAGUGCUGGUUUUGAGAGACAACAGGUUCCAUGGUCCCAUUUCCAAUUUAAAGAUCAAACAUCUAUUUCCAAGUUUAGUCAUUUUUGAUAUCUCGGGCAACAAUUUUAGUGGUUUUCUACCAAAAGCCUAUGUCAAAAAUUAUGAAGCCAUGAAGAAUGUUACUCAAGUGGGUGGGGAUAGCAGUUUGAUAUACAUGGAUGUCUGGUGUGAUAUUCCAUACCAAGAAGCAAAAUGCACGAAUUCUGUGACUGUGACGACAAAAGGGAUCAAAAUGACACUGGUGAGAAUUCCAAUAUUCUUUGUAAGUAUUGAUUUCUCCAGAAACAAAUUUGAAGGAGAGAUUCCAAAGUCUAUUGGAGAGCUUCAUGCACUCAAAGGUCUUAACUUCUCCCAUAAUAGACUCGUCGGUCAUAUUCCCCAAUCCAUGGGAAACUUGACAAACUUGGAGUCUUUGGAUCUUUCCUCAAAUAUGUUAACCGGUGUGAUUCCUGCAGAAUUAGCAAAUUUGGAAUUUCUUGAAGUCUUGAAUCUUUCAAAUAACCAUCUUGUGGGAGAAAUACCUCAAGGAAAGCAGUUCAAUACAUUUACAAAUGAUUCAUAUGAAGGAAACUUGGCCUUAUGUGGAUUUCCCUUGUCAAAGAAAUGUGAACCUGAACAACAUUCUCCAUCUUCAGCCAACAACUUUUGGAAUGAAGAGAAAUUUGGAUUUGGAUGGAAACCAGUGGCAAUUGGAUAUGGAUGUGGAUUUGUGAUUGGAAUAGGCCUUGGUUAUUUUGUGUUUUUGAUUGGAAAGCCAAGAUGGCUUGUGAUGAUAUUUGGCGGUCAGCCUAAGAGAAGAGUGAACAGGAGGAGGACAAGGGUGAGGAGGACCAAUGGUUUAACCAUGAAUCAGAUGGUGCAAAUGUCAUAGUUUUAUUUUUGUGGUUAUUUUCUCUAUUGUGUGUUAGUUUUAACUUUCUGUUUAAAAUAAGCUCGAUGUGACUGUGACAAUCUUGUCACUCUUAUUUUAUCUAGCUAGUUUGAUUUUUAAUUGUAAGUUUGUACUCUUGAGUUAGUGCUGCUUUAUAUGUGCCUGUCGCAACAUGUGUUAUUUAAUAAAAUUCCGAGUUUAUAUUUA